AUGGGCAUCGAGGGGAAGCUUAUUUUGGAGAGUGAUUGCUCCAAAGCCUUAGACUGGAUUAGAAAUCCGGAUUCUUGUUCUUUGCUUAAUUCGAUUGUGAAGGAAAUUGUGUCUAUUGGUAUAGAUAGGAAUGUUAUUGUUUUCUUAGGAGAAAGCUUUCUGGUUAAAAUUAUUUUUGACUCACUUGAUAGCCACAAAGAGGAAAGGGAACGGCACGAUCCAUCAGCCUGUCAGAGAAUCAAGGAUUUGAAUGACCCGGGGAACUGUUUACAAGGUUGUUCGUUGUUGCAUCUGGCAUGCCAAGGUGGCAGUAUUGUGAUGCUUGAGCUGUUGCUGCAGUUUGGUGCUGAUAAAAAUAUACCCGACUUCCAUGGAAGGACUCCUUUGCACCAUUGCAUUGCUCUGGGGAACAAUUCAUUGGCAAAGCAUCUUCUUAGAAGAGGAGCAAGGUCUUCGAUUAAAGAUCACAGGGGAUUCAGCGCAUUGGAAAGAGCAAUGGAGAAGGGUGCAAUAACGAACGAGGAGCUGUUUCUUCUUCUCAAUGAAAGCUAGUGGAACAAGCCUGCCUGGUUUUCCCGAAUCGGUAAAUCCUGUUUCUCUCGCCGGAUUUUCAGUUAUGCCGGUGUUUGUUGGCUUUAUAUAAGCAUAAAAAGAGCCACGCAUCCUCUUUUAAUCCAUCGAGGUCGUUAAGGCAUUCUUCACUUAUGAUAAUUAAAGCUUGAUGUUUUCGAGUUUGAACUUCUUCGCGUGCUUGAUUUUCUUUGUU